AUGACGACCCCCGAACAAGACCAAGAGUUCGUAACCCUCGUCUCCGGCGACGGCUUCGAGUUCAUCCUUCCGCGCUCGACCGCGUGCAUCUCCAAGACGCUCCGCAUGAUGUUCGACCCACUGAGCAAGUUCUCCGAAGCCCUGACCGGCCGCUGCGUCCUCGAGAACAUCAGCGGCGAGGUCCUCGAGAAGGUCUGCGAGUACCUGUGCUACAAUGAGAAGAACAAGGACCAGGUCAACGUGCCGGACAUGGAGAUCCCGCCCGAGCUGUGUCUGGAGUUGUUGAUGGCGGCGGAUUAUUUGGAUGUUUGA